AAUCAUGGAAACAUGACGUUCUGCGAUGCACACUUUCCUGCAGUAAAAAUAUGAAUUAAUCUCAUCCGGUGAAAGGAUUUAUGUUUCCCUAAUCAUUGCUGACAUUCAGCAAACCAAUGCCUACAAGGCCAUUCACACAACUGUGGAGGUGAUGGAUCGAUACAAUGAUGUCAAGAUUCUUCUGAAAACCUGGGAGCAGUCAUUUGUUAAAGAACAUCAACGAAAGCCCAACAAGGAUGAUAUUGAUGUAGCCCCAGAAGAGACUAAAAAUCUCUACCAAGAAUAUCGAAAACUCAAGCAAGCAAAAGAGAAAACGAAGCACAUAGACCAACAACCUUCAGCACAGAAUGAGACUUUAGAGAAGGAGUCAGAUUGCUGGGGCUCUCAUCUGAACCGUAAAAGCAUGCCAGUGGCCACCCCAGAACUAAAGCUGACACCCAAGGACCGGGAUUCUCUCCAAGCCUCUGCCCAAUACUUUGGAAUGAAGCUCAAGUCCAACCUGGGAGCUCUAACCAAGGAGAGACCAAUUUCUCUAAAGAAGUCGUUCACUCCUGGCCGGACACCUCUGAAGUCCUGGAAAGAUGGUGGAAACCCAAACCGAACAGGGGGCGCCGCGGACGGCCACGGCCUGUUAUCUCCUCGGCCCAAGCCUGCCGCCACAUGCCCCGCCUCCGUAGGCUCUCCAAUACAGACGAGGACUGGGGAGCUUCAGCAGCCGGCAGAGGAGCCCUCUGACCCCCUACCAGCCUUCCCGGCUUUCACUCCCGCCAAGGUGUCGCCUCCGGCCGCGGGGUCACCGUUCUCGCCAGACAGGCUGGCAGGUAGCAGGGCCCAUCGUCUCCGGCAGACUUUCACCAAGAGGCUGACAUCUGUUGACAGCAGCUGGCUGGAGAGGUGUCAGGUGUUUGACGAGGUGGGCGACGUGGCGAAGCCUGUUGCGGGUAAUUUGUCUCUCGCCGUGGCGGCGGCGGCGGUGGGUUCGCCGCGCUCCAAAGGCAGAGGCGAGGGAGAAGAGGCGGGAGAGGCGGCCAGGUCAUUCGUCACACCUUCCAGGCAGAGUGGAGGAACCGGUCUUCUGGGCCAGGCGGCUUCCAGGACUACAACGCCAUGGACUCUGUCUCCGGAUGAGCACCAGGCCGAUGGCAGGGUAACGCGUGCAGCAGACCCAGGCAGUCUCGGGGCCGCUGGACAGCGCUCCUCAUUAGGCCCUGGCUCCGCGGAGGAUGGAGAAACCAGACCAGGUCUCGGGGGACUGGCUGAGGGCGGAAUGACGGAGGAGACCGCUGUGUGCGUUGCCAGCGCCGAGAAAUCUGGAACGAGGGCCAGAAAGGGCCGGGGAGGAGGGUGCGAGGAGGAGGCAGGAGGCAACGAGCUGGGCCAGGGGGAGAAGGAGGCAAAGAGAAAGGGCAGGAAGAGGCAAAGGAACAUGGAGGGGGAGAACCUGGAUGACGCGGAGAAAGGGGAGGAGUCCGCCAAGAAGAGGAGGAGGACCAAAAAGGCUACUGUGACCUCUGCUGAUGGCGGCAGUCCCCCGAAAAAACCCAGAGCGAAGAAGAAGAAGAAGUCAGCUGAGGGAGACUGCAGUGACCAGGAGGACAGUGAUGUCACAGGGAAAGGAGAGGUGAAGCAGAGACCAGGGGUUCCAAAGGAGAACCUUCUGGGAGAGGUGGAUGAAGAGGACAUCAAAGCUGCCCGCUCAAGAAGGAGCAACACUGUGAGACCCAAACCCACUAAGAACUCAGACGGUAACUUUGUGAAGAUCAACUUGAAAAAGAAGUCUCAUGUCAAGGGAUACGCAUGUAGAGGAGCUGGCCUUCGGAAGCAGAUGUACAUGGAGAAGUUCCAGCUGAAGGGGGAGCGGUUUGGAGGGCCGGACUCCAGGUUUAGGGGGGGCUUUGGGGGAAGAGGCGGGUUCAGAGGAGGGUUCAGAGGAGGGUUCGGUCGUCAAGGGGACACCUGUUUCAAGUGCGGCGGCACAGGACACUGGGCCAUGAACUGCAAGGGUCGAGUUUCGGGUCCAGUAGACAGCGCUGCUGCUGCUGCUGAUGUGGCGUCUGUGGUGGACGAGGAGCCCUUCGACCUACCAACCCUGGAGGAGGUUGCCCGGGCAACGGGGACUCUGCGUUCUGCCUCUCUGGUGGCACCGCCUAGUGUGAAAGACCAGAAUGGCAGUCUAGGAACAAAGCAGGAGGAGGAUGCUGCUGAUGAGGUGCUGUUGAAUGUGAUGAGGCCAGACUACGAGCGCCCACCCCCUCCACCCCCCAUGGAGCCCCUGUACCCCCCAGGGGAGGACGGCAAAGUAGCAGAGACUCCACCUGAAGUCUAUGAAGCGCUCCAAGACUUUGGGUACAAGUCUUUCAGACCGGGGCAGGAACAGGCCAUUAUGAGAAUAUUAUCAGGUCUGUCCACUCUGGUGGUCCUGUCUACCGGCAUGGGCAAGUCCCUGUGUUACCAGCUGCCGGCCUUCCUAUACGCCCAGCGCUCCCGUAGCAUCACCCUGGUGGUGUCCCCGCUGGUGUCUCUCAUGGACGAUCAGCUGUCCGGACUCCCAUCUAAACUGAAAGCGGCCGCGAUCCACUCCAAUAUGACAGCGAAACAACGAGAGGCUGCCAUUGAGAAGGUGAAGUCGGGCGAGGUGCACAUCCUGCUUCUCUCACCCGAGGCGUUGGUCGGGGGAGGUCACUCCGGCUCCGGUUGUCUCCCCCCGGCUGACCAGCUCCCCCCGGUGGCCUUUGCGUGCAUUGACGAGGCUCACUGUGUGUCCGAGUGGUCUCACAACUUCAGGCCCUGCUACCUGCGCCUCUGCAAGGUGCUGAGGGACCGGCUGGGUGUGCAUUGUCUGCUGGGUCUAACGGCCACCGCCACCCUGUCCACAGCUAUUGACAUCGCUCAACACCUGGACAUCACCGACCAAGAUGGUAUCGCUGUCCGUUCAGCCGCCGUGCCUCCAAAUCUUCAGCUGUCCGUCUCCAUGGACCGAGACAAAGACCAGGCCCUGGUGUCCCUACUGAAGGGAGAGCGGUUCGGGUCUCUGGACUCCAUCAUCGUCUACUGCACCAGGAGAGAAGAGACGUCACGUAUAUCUGCCCUUCUGAGGACCUGCCUGCAGGGGGUGCUACUGAGGGAAUCCAAACAUACACCCAGCCAGGAGGCUGAUGACAACCCUGUGGGGAAGAAGAAGAAAGCUCUGGCCAGGAAGAAGAUCCGGAAGCCUUUGAAAUGGAUGGCUGAGUCCUACCACGCCGGGCUGUCCGCCUCGGAGCGCCGCCGCGUCCAGAACAACUUCAUGUGCGGCGAACUGCGCGUGGUCGUCGCUACGGUAGCCUUCGGCAUGGGCCUGGACAAGUCAGACGUGCGCGGCAUCGUGCACUACAACAUGCCCAAGAGCUUCGAGAGCUACGUGCAGGAGAUCGGGAGAGCAGGGAGAGAUGGAGCUCCGGCGCACUGUCACCUCUUCCUGGAUCCCGAGGGAGGUGACCUCCAUGAGUUGCGGAGGCACAUCCAUGCGGACACGGUGGACUGCUACACAGUGAAGAAGCUGGUCCAGAAGGUGUUCCCUCCCUGCGUGUGUCGGAAGAUCCAUCAGAAACAGCAGGACUUAGACAGGGCUCAGGAGGAGGCUGAUGACUCGGAGAUGAUGGAGCUGAUGGAAACCUGUGACGAGACGCCAGCUGGACCCCUGGAAAAAACCGGAGGGCCCACUCCUCACACCCCCGUCGAGCAGUUGGAACAAUCCAAAGUCCUCACUGAGGACAAGGAUGUACCAACUCCUCAACAGCCAGCGGGGGAGUGGAAAGAACUGCCAGAGUCGAAUGUCCCGCCUCCCCGGAGUGUGAGUGGGGGACAGGAAGUGGAUGGGGGGGAGCGGACCGGGGACGCCGAUGAGGGGCCGACGACCCGGGUGUGUCACACGCAUGAGAGGGCCAUACCGAUACAGGACACCGUGGAAGCUCUGGACGUAACUGAAGAAGGCUUGGAGACCCUCCUGUGCUACCUGGAACUGCACCCACAGCGGUGGGUGGAGCUGCUUCACCCCACCCUUUCCCUUUGUAAGAUGGUGUGUUACAACGGCCCCCAGCAGCUCCGGAAACUCACCAAGAUCUGCCCUCCUGUUGCUGUGGUGUUGGCCCGGAAACGGAUGGCAAAAGAGCGAGUGGAGGACUGUGAUUCGCUGGAGUUUGACGUGGUGGAGGUGGCAGACACCAUGGGCUGGCAGCUGGCUCUGGUGAAGAGGGGCCUCCGGCAACUCCAGUGGGCCACAAAUAGAGGUGUCCUGGUGGAGUUCUCCAACCUGUCUUUCUACUUCCGUUCCUAUGGCGACCUGACCCCUGAUGAGAUGGACCGUGUGUGUGAGUUCCUGCAUGGCAGGGUGGUGGCUCAGGAGAGAACCCAGCUUUACCAGCUCAAAACCUGCUUCAAGGCCUUCCGCAGUGUUGCGUACAAGAGCUGCAGUUUGUGCACGGACGAGCUGGAUGAGAACCGGAGCCUGAAGCUGAAAGAGCUUCUGGGAGAUUACUUUGACAAGAGAAGAGACUUGGACAUGAGCAAGAAGUUCCAGGAGGAAAUAGAGGAUGAGGAGGAGAUGUUGAUGAAAUGCAAGAUGAAGGACUGGGAGGGUCAGAUCAGAGCAGACAUUCAGAGUUUUCUGGGAAACCGCAGUGAUGAGAAGUUCUCUGGCCGAGCUGUCGCCAGAAUAUUCCAUGGAAUUGGAAGUCCAUGUUAUCCAGCUCAGACCUUCGGACGAGAUCGGAGAUAUUGGAGAAAAUACAUCCAGUUUGAUUUCAAUGAAAUCAUACGCCUUGCCACUCAGGAAAUUAUUCGAUACAAAUGACUCAGUACUUUCUGUGUUAAAUGUGUAGUAAAUGUAUUGAAAAUGUUGACGCACUCUAAAUCUAAACAUGCAAUGUAUUUGUUGUUAAUAAUAAUUUUUCUAUAUUUGAUUUGGCUAUUUGA